AUGCCAAGUCGCGAGGAGAACCGGAAGGCAGCAAAAGAGCUGCUCGCUCGCUGCGCCGAGGAGGGCGUAAAGGUCCCAACGAACGCCGUCAAUGCCGCCGUCGAAGCUGGUACAAUGCUCAAUGCCACGCGCGAACAGGACGAGUUUCGACUGGACGCAGCACUGCAGGAAAUGAUCAAGAAGUUUGGAACGAAGAAGCCCGUAUCUUCUAAGAAAGUGGUGGAGAAGGCAAAAACGAAGCGUCACGUCAGUGCGAAGACAGAGAGCAAGACAGCGACGCGGGGCAAAAAGCGCAAGAGCGAUGACGUUGGAGACGAAGGUGAGGGGGACGAAGACGAGAAAAAAACGGUCAAGAAGCCCCGAAGUAAGGCCGAAGCUACAUGCGAAGCGAACCAGAAGCUGGCUGACGCGUUUGCAGAGCUUUCGGGCUUUGAGUUCAAGCGCGGGGAAAGGUUUAAGGGCGGCACUUGGUCCAAGGUGGCCAAGGCCAUUCGCGACUGCGAGUCGGUUCUCACGUGUGGGAAAGACGCACUGAAAUUGAAAGGCGUGGGCAAGUCGUCCGCUGCUAAGAUUGACGAGUUCCUCGAGACUGGUACGCUCGAGACGCUUGACGAGUACCGUGCGGGCAACAUGUAA